AUGAAACGGCAUCUCAAUGCUUUGGACGUCGAAGUUGGAUCGAUCAACAAGGUGCAGGGCCGUUACGAGGUUGGAUCGGGUCUUCAAGUGAUUCACUUGUUCAGCAAGCUAUUGGACAAAUGGGGGGACCUCUUGGCGCUGCAGAACAAGGACAACAUGAUCAACUUGGGCGGUGGUAAAAAUAAGGCGAACGAAUUGGCGGAUGUGGCAGAGGAAGGCGAGGAGGGGGUGGAGGAUCCGCAGCACCCAACCGAGGAGGACACGGGAUACGAUAAAAUUCGCCUGCCAAGAGUAAAGCGGAAGGCGGCCGAAGAUGCACGGAGAAUGGACUUCGACGAACCUGAGGCCUCACAACAGGCUCAACGGAGGGCGGAUGGCGAGGCGGAUAAGAAGCGACUGAAAGAGAGGCGCAGAAGAAGGCGGAGGCAGAGACGCAGAGGAAGGCGGAAGCAGAGGCGUCGAAAGAUGCGGAGGCAGAGGCGUAGCAGAGGGCGGAGGCAGAGACGCAGAAGAAGGCGGAUGCAGAGGCGCGGCAGAAGGCGGAUGAAGAGGCGCGUCAGAAGGCGAAGGCAGAGGCACAGCAGAAAACGGAGGCAGAGACUCAGAAGAAGGCGGAUGCAGAGGCGCAGCAGAAGGCGGACGCAGAGGCACAGCAGAAGGCGGAGGCAGAUGCGUAGUAGAAGGCGGACGCAGAGGCACAGCAAAAGGCGGAGGCAGAGGCGCAGCAGAAGGCGGAGGCAGAGGCGCAGAAGAAGGCGGAUGCAGAGGCGCAGCAGAAGGCGGACGCAGAGGCACAGCAGAAGGCGGAGGCAGAUGCGCAGCAGAAGGCAGACGCAGAGGCACAGCAGAAGGCGAAGGCAGAUGCGCAGCAGAAAGCGGAGGCAGAGGCGCAGAAGAAGGCGGGCGCAGAGAGGCAGCAGAAGGCGGAGGCAGAGGCACAUCGGAAGGCGGUGGCAGAGGCGCAGAAGAGGGCGGAUGCAGAAGCGCAGAUGA